GGGCCGGCGGCCGCCGCGAGCUAUGGGGCCGCCGCCCGCCUAGCGGCCAUGCCGCCCGGGCCCCGGGCCUGCCCCGCUCCGCGCCCCGGCCGCCGCGCCCCGCGUCCGCGCCGGCAUGGUGAACCUGGCGGCCAUGGUGUGGCGCCGGCUGCUGCGGAAGAGGAGGAGAGGGCCGUGAGGGACCGGAAUCUGCUGCAGGUGCGUGACCACGAUCAGCCCAUCCCGUGGAAGGUGCAGUUCAACUUGGGCAACAGCAGCCGGCCCAGCAACCAGUGCCGGAACUCCAUUCAAGGGAAGCACCUCAUCACCGACGAACUGGGAUACGUGUGUGAAAGGAGGGACUUGCUGGUGAACGGCUGCUGUGAUGUCCGCGUCCCCAGCACCAGGCAGUACAGCUGCGACGGCUGCCUGUCCAGCGGCUGCUGCAGCGCCUACGAGCACUGUGUCUCCUGCUGCCUGCAGCCCAGCAAGCAACUUCUCCUGGAGCGCUUCCUCAACCGGGCAGCUGUGGCGUUCCAGAACCUCUUCAUGGCAGUCGAAGACCACUUUGAAUUGUGUUUGGCUAAGUGCAGGACCUCAUCCCAGGAGCCCCAGAGAGAGGGUGAAGCUGGCCAGCGGCUUCCCGCCCCUCAGCCCAGCCGCCCCUGUCCGCAGCCGCCGCCGGUUUCUGAGGAAGAACUCGGGGCAGGAAUCCCAGACGCUGCAGUGAAACCGACCGCCGCUUCCCGUCUCCACCUCCCCUUCCACGGCCAGUUAGGAAGCACGGAGAGUACCUGGGCUUCCCCUCCAUCCCCGAAAGUCAGUCUCACAGAUCUCUGCUCAGAAAGUCUAGUCUGUGUAACAGAAGACCAGGCUGUGGUCUCUCCUAGGGCUGCCAUGGUCGGUGGUCUGGGUGCUUCCAGAAAGGCACAGAGAAAUGCCUCUUUAGAGGUUAUACUAGCCUCUUGGAAAAGAUUUGAGGGACCUUUCUUGAGAGCUCACUCUGAACAUGCUAAUCGCUUAGGGCACAAGUUCUCAAUGGGGGGGUGCUUUUGCCCCCAGGGGACCUUUGGGGAUGUCUGGAGACAUUUCUGGUUGUGGCUGUUGGGUGUGGGGGGUGCCACUGUCAUCUGGUAGGGAGGGGCCAGGGAUGCCGCUCAACCUCCUCCCCUGCAGAGGAGAGCUCCCAUCACAAGGAGUUGGUGCAAGGCUGAGGAUCCCUGGGCCAGAGAAGACAGAGGUAGGGUCAGGGAAGGCCUCUGGAAGGGACCUUUGAGCAGAGACCUGGGGCAGUGAAGGAUGCCUGUGGGCAAGGGGACAGGUGCAGAGGCCAGGGGAGGUGGACUCAGGGCACAGCACCAGGUAGAAUUGGGCAUUUCAGCGGAAGUGAGAUGGAGCCUGGUGAUUCCCAGCGGGACAGUGAGAUGCUCUCACCUACCUUCCAAAGGGUCCCUCUGGCUGCUGCGUGGAGAACAGCCUAUGGGGAGCAAAGGGGAUCAGGGGGACCAGUUGGGAGGCUGCUGGCAUCAUCUAGACAGGAGACGUGGGAAGGCCUGACUUGGAGAGCUGAUAUUGCAUGCCUGCUGUGCCUCCGACACUCUGCUAGUUUUUGUGUGUUGGGAGUGGGAUGUGCUCAGGAGGAGACACCCGGUUUAGGUCCUCGGGAACUUGCAGCAUCAUCAGAAGCCGAAUACAAGUACCAGUUGCAGUUAAGAGUCUAAUGACCGGCAUUGGCAGCAAGUGUUGUAGACGCCUCCAGCCAUUCCCAUAGAGUUUUGGGGGUUCCAUUCCGUCUUCGGGCACCUCUCAGCUGUGUAUUCAAUAAACUACUUAGCGCCCACGAUGGACCAAGCCUGGGCUAGACACUGAGGCUUUGAAAAUGCACCAUAGGCAAGAAGAAGGAGAAAACCCAAAUUUUGGAGUCCCCCAGAUCUCCUCCUGCCACUUCCCAGCUGUGUGACCUUAGACGGUAUGUCUCUUCACCUCUCUGAGCGACAGGUACAUCAUCUGAAUACUGGAGCCAGAUAAUAAAGACAUUGACCUCACGGGGUUGGUGGAAGAGGGGUGAGUCGCUUAACACCUAGUAAACAGGAGAGUCCCAAUUAAUGGUGCCAGCAAUGCAAUGCCAUCCCUGUGACCCAGGAGCUCAGAGCACCAAAGAGAAUGUAAUUUAAUAUCACUGUUUUGUUGUUAAAUCACGUUUGAGCUCAUCCCUACUGGAAUGGAUGUCCAAGAUAAACUGUCACGUGAAAAAGCGUACUGCGAGACUGCAUGCAGAUCAUGGGCCCGUUUUUGUGAAAGAAGUUUUAUGUCUGACAUGUGAAUGUAUAAUAGAGUAGGUAUGAGUACUGCACAUAAAUAUGCAUAUAUUAGAGGACAGCCUAGAAGGACACUGGCCCGGCUGUUAACAGGAGUCCGUCACCUCUGCAGAGUGGGACGGGCACAGAGAUAACUUUCAGUUUGUGGCAGAGCAGGUCAUGCUCACUUCCAUUUCCUCGUCUCCACAUGGUUGGAUUAGGGCUGAGCGACUAGUCCGGCCAUAGGAUGCAUGUGUCUCUGUGCCCCUUCUGGGCAGAGGUAUUUAAAAGCAGGAGAGUUUUCUACUCUCUUGCUCUUCCCUGGCUGCAGGGACUCUGCAGCCCGUGUGCUGGGGUGGGCGGAGUCCCCGUGGUCCGUGAGAAAUGAAUGUGUUACGAGCGACUGAGAUUUCAGGGCUUUUUUGUUACUGCAGCCUAGCGUCGCUGUCCAGACUCGUUCACACUGGAAACCGCAUAUACUUUGGUGCACUUGGAUGUUUCUACAUCAAGCAUGCAUUUUUUUCUUUUUUUAGAUAGAAAGUUUACUAAAAAUUAAGCUUUUCUCUGAAAAUGCUACAUACUGUAUGAUUCCAACUAUAUGACAUUCUGGAAAAGGCAAAACUAUGGAGACAGAAAAAAAUCAGUGGUUGCCAGGGGCUAGGAGGAUGGGAAGGGAUCGGCCGAGCACCGAGGAUUUUUAGGGCAGUGAAACUAUCCUGUUGGAUACUAUAAUGGUGAAUACAUGCCAUUAUACAUUCGUCAAAGCCCAUAGGAUGUAUAACACCUGGGGGCCGGCCCCGUGGCCGAGUGGUUCAGUUCAUGCACUCCGCUUUGGCAGCCCAGGGUUUCACAGGUUCGG